AUCGCGAAAAUAGUAAAUAUUGAGAGAAAUGCGGUAGAAAAAUGCGAAAUUAACGUCUCCGAGUGCAAAAAAGUUGGCAAAAACAUCUCAAACGUGUACCAGGCAGUUCCGUGGUCGUCGAGCAACGAUUACCUCAUCACAAGAAACAAUACUCACGAAAACAAACGAAAACCCAGACAUAGACGGCUUGUUAUUUUUUGCGUAUUUUUCUAUUUUUUACCAAAGUCGUAAAAUGUUGUCGUCCCUUUGUUGUUAAGUCCAGCAGCCAUCGGACGUGUGGAAUUAGUUAGUGUUAGUGUUUUAUGUGUUAAGUAACGAAAUUGUGGGAACGAUGGCCAGCAGCAGUUCGUCGGGCGAACAUACAUGGCAAAAGUUCUGCGAGAGUCACGCAUCUGCGUCUGCCGUGGAUUUCAGCAAGUCUGUGUUGCAAUUCAUGAACCGCAUGCCCCUCGAGAGCCGCAACCAGAUAUCGCACCGGGAUUUUAUGAAAGUUUAUGUGGAGAAUUUCGAGAAAUUCUUCGAAAAUGAAUUUCUUAGACGACGGCAAAUGAAGGCCGGAAAUGGCACAGCAACAGUGUUGGAAGAGAGUGACUUGUCCGAGGACACGGACUCACCAAAAGUGCAUCACAAGCCAUUUUUUCGACGUCUCUCCUUCAAGGGACUCAAAAAGGGCAAGGCGUUCUUCAAUCGCCAGCAUUCGGACGAAGUUGAGUUGUCCGGCAGCAAACAGAACAAAACGAAACUCGCCAAAAUCGUGGUGGAAUGUCAAAAAGACGGUCCCGUCAACCUCCUAAUUCCCGAUGCCAAUCCGAGUGCAGCCGACAACUGGCAAAAGUGUCGCUUGGUGCUCGUCAAAACAACCGCCGGCUACAUGCUGGAGUUCUAUGUGCCGCCAAAGUCGCCGAAACCGCACAAGGGCGUGUUCUGCUUCCUCAUUAUCGAGACGCGCGAAACGACGGCGCUCGAAAUGCCCGAUCACGAAAACACAUUCGUGCUAAAAGCGGACAACAAUCAAGAAUUUGUCAUCGAAGCCAAGGAUGCCGAUGACAUGCGAAGCUGGCUGGCUACGAUAAAGUACUGCAUGAAGAGCCUGCCAACGGCGCAACCCAUAAUGACUGAUCACGUUGCUAGUCUCAAUUCGGUGUCGACGUCAAAUUUGUCGGACUUAACGAUAGGUGCCAUUGGGGGUGCAGGCGGCGUGCCUGCCGACAGCACACUCACGCUCAAUUCCGCAACGAAUGUCAAUCAAACGGAUGCGGCGGAUUCCCAAGCAACUUCAGGCGCUGCCGGCGGAGGUCUCGUAACGAGUCAAAGCACCUUCGAUAUGCCCGACAACGAUGGAGCCGAAAGCAUUGACGUGAAUACGGACUUGACGGCAGUCAUGCGAGAGUAUCCGUGGUUUCAUGGGACUCUGGCACGCGCAGAGGCAGCUCAAUUGGUACUGCGAAGCGGUCCCUCGGGGCACGGGCAAUUCCUGGUGCGACAAAGUGAGACGCGCAAGGGCGAGUAUGUGUUGACCUUCAACUUCCAGGGCAGGGCGAAACAUUUGCGGAUGACCGUUAACGACUUGGGACAGUGUCGCGUGCAGCAUUUAUGGUUCCCCAGCAUCACGGAGAUGCUGGAACACUUUCGCAGUAAUCCAAUCCCGUUGGAGUCUGGCGGAACGGCGGAUGUCAUUCUAUCCGAAUUUGUCGUGCAUUCGCCAUCACUUCAGAGUCCUAGUCAUCCAAAUCAAAUCGUGAUCACAAUGAAUGGCUCGGUGCGCAUAAAGACGUGUGACUUGGAAUUAUCCACGGUACCUCCGCAUCACCAUCAUCAGAACACUGCCAACAACUCAAAUAGUGACGGAGAGCCUGCAAGAGCAGUCGAUAAUCAAUACACUUUUGUAUAGAACACAAAACUGAAAAAAAAUUAUUUUAAGAAAGAAAAAAAGAGACAGCUGAGUAUAUUCUAUAUAUAAAUAUAUAUAUUUUUAUUAUUUAAAAAAAACUAAAACUAAUAAUAAUAGCUCCUUUCUGCUUCAAGGAAAAAAAACAAAACAAAUUACACACUGUUGUUGUAAGCUAGUAUUUUUUGGUGGCACACAAAACACCACCGCAAACUCAAAAAAAAAGUAAUUGUAUAUGUAUCUAAA